GGCGCGGCCGGCCGCGGGGGGAUCUGGCUGCGGGCUUCGCCGGCUGCACUGCACGGGGCUGGAGCGGCGCGCGGGGGUCGCGAUGUCCUACAUCCCGGGCCAGCCUGUCACCGCCGUGGUGCAAAGAGUUGAAAUUCACAAAUUGCGCCAAGGUGAGAACCUGAUCCUGGGCUUCAGCAUUGGAGGUGGAAUUGAUCAGGAUCCCUCCCAGAAUCCUUUCUCAGAAGAUAAGACUGACAAGGGCAUUUAUGUCACACGGGUGUCUGAAGGUGGCCCGGCUGAAGUUGCUGGACUGCAGAUUGGAGACAAGAUCAUGCAGGUGAACGGCUGGGACAUGACCAUGGUCACACACGAUCAGGCCCGGAAGAGGCUCACCAAGCGCUCGGAGGAGGUGGUGCGCCUGCUGGUGACGCGGCAGUCGCUGCAGAAGGCCGUGCAGCAGUCCAUGCUCUCCUAGCAGCCCGCUGUUCCCUACCUGUGCCUGCCUGCUGCCUCUUUGUACAGUUGUUCCACUUCCACGUGCUCUGUGCCCAGUCCUGGCUUCUGUUAACUGCAGGCCUCAGCACAGAUGGGCAAGAGCUUGUCCCCAUGCCUGACCCAGCUUUUCUUCCCUUUCAAAACU